AUGUUUAUUGGUGGAUUAAACUGGGAGACAACAGACCAAUCGCUACGAGAUUACUUUUCCCAAUUCGGCGAAGUUGUUGAAUGUACCGUCAUGAGGGACAGUAGCUCCGGUCGAUCACGAGGAUUUGGUUUCUUAACCUUCAAGGACCCCAAAACUGUCAACAUUGUCAUGGUCAAGGAGCAUUUCCUAGAUGGAAAGAUUAUCGACCCAAAGCGGGCUAUUCCUCGCGAUGAGCAAGAGAAGACGAGCAAGAUUUUCGUUGGUGGAGUCAGCCAGGAUACCACAGACCAGGAAUUCAGGGAGUACUUUGCCCAGUUUGGCCGAGUGGUUGAUGCCACCUUGAUGAUGGACAAGGACACUGGCAGACCCCGAGGGUUUGGGUUUGUCACCUUCGAAAGUGAAGCUGGCGUGGAUGCUUGCAUCAACGUGCCUCUCGAGAUACAUGGGAAGCCCAUCGAAGUCAAGAAGGCUCAGCCGAGGGGCAACCUACGAGAAGAAGAAGAGGCGGCCAAGCGUGGAAAGUUUCGAAAGGGCGAAGAACAGUCUGUGCAAGGUGGAAUGGGCCAGCAGAUGGGAGGCAACAACUCGGCCAUGACGCCACAGCUGAUGGCUCAAUAUUUCCAGCGUAUGCAGCAAUACUUUGCCAUGAUGCAGUCGCAGAUGGCCAUGUCGCGAGGCAUGCCCAUGAACCCGGCCAUGUGGCAGCAGAUGCAACAGAUGCAGCAGAUGCAGCAGAUGAUGGGUCGUGGCGGUGGCCCUGGACAGAACAUGAUGGGCCAGAUGAAUCCUCAAAUGAUGCAACAGAUGCAGCAGAUGCAGCAGCAGAUGAUGCAGCAACAGCAACAGGGAGGCGGCCAGGGCGGAGACGGCUACAAUGGCUACGACCAGUACCAACAGCAAGGCCCCCAGGGUCCUCAUGGCGGCCGGCGAGGCGGUCGUGGAGGCUAUGGAGGCGGCGGAUAUGGCAUGGGCGGCGGCGGAGGGGCUCCCACUUCAUGGGAAGGCAUGUACGACGACGUGCCACAGCCUAAUGCCAGUCAGGGGUCAUCUCGGCGUGGCGGAAGUGUUGGCCACGGAGGCACGUCGGAUGCCCAGCACUCACCACCAGCGAACGCCCCAACAGGGCCCAAGAAUGCUGGAAAGCCGGGUGCAAAUUACCGCGGCGGAGGACGUGGCGGAAACAGAGGCUUCCAUCCCUAUGCCCGAUGA